GGGUUAAACUUUAUGGCCAGAUACAUGAGGCCUCCAAACACGUCUUUGUUCGUCAGAAACAUCGCCGAUGAGUCCAGAAAAUGUAAAAGCAUCCAGUUGUGGAACCGGCCACAAAGAGUAACAAAGACCUGUAUAGAGUAGCUGUAAAGACAAGUCACACAGACCUUCAGGAUCAGAGGGAGGGAAAAGGUUGAAAAGAGAAAGUAAAGCAUGAAGAGGAAAAGGGAACGGAGACAAAGCUUGGAUAUGGCGGCAAAGAAUGGGGAAAAGAAAAAGAGGUUUAAAAGUCGAGCAGGAAACCCGAGUCUCUCUGGGAGUCGAUAAAAGAAUGUAAAGAUCAAGAUGAAGUUCAAAGUCAAGCAAAGUAUAUUUGAGGAUGUGCGUGAUGCGGAGGACGCUCUCCACAGCCUGGACAGGAAGUGGGUCUGCGGCCGGCAGAUUGAGAUCCAGUUUGCCCAGGGAGACAGAAAGACACCGAACCAGAUGAAGGCAAAGGAACGACAUUCUCCGGGCAGAUCCUCCCGAUACGACGACUACGAUCGAGACGGCCGCCGCAGACGUUCUCGCAGCCGCAGCUACGACAGAUACAGAUCACGCAGCCCGUCUUACGAUCGCCGCCGCAGACGGUCUGAGAGUCCUCGAGAAUCUCGUGGUCGCGUGUAUGGAAGAGGGCGGAGCCGGAGCCGUGAGGACGACAGGUACAGACAGAGGCCUCGGAGAGAGUCCAGAGGCAGAUCCAGAUCGCGCUCCAGAUCUGCGUCUCCGAGAGAGAACGUCAACCCGCCUUCGACCUCCCACUACACCGAGGAGGAGGUACGACGGACACACUCCCCCUCCCACUCCAGAUCCCGGUCUGUAUCAAGAUCACGCUCUCGCUCGCGCUCUCGGUCCCGGUCCUGGGCCGGACGCAAGUCAGGAGGACGCUAGAAAGUGUCUGCCCCCCUCCCUCCCCCUGACCCGUCGUUCAGUCAGAUGGACCCGAGCUGGUCAUUUGUUUUUGACAUGAAUGUAACGUCCACUGAAUCAUUUGUAGAGAGCUUGUUUAAGAACAACGCUGGUCCUUUGCUUGUUUUUAUAAAAUUGUUUUGGUGAUAUUUCCUGAUAGGAACGUGACAGUCGGCGGUUUCUGUGUUCAGUGGUAGUCGGCCAGGAAUAAUCUCUCUUUUUUUAUAUACAGUUACUGAUGACUUUGUUUUUUAAACCCUAUGCACCCGUUUUUUGCAAAGAAAGAACAUCCAGUAUUUUAAAAGGAAUCCGGUCGAGAGCAGCAUUUCUGUGUCUUUAUCACAUGCCAACACGUAAUAGACUUUCUACAUCACAAGUGUGGAUCGCUCGUUUUUCUCCACAAGAAUCAAGUGGGAACCUGCUGGAGAUGAUCCAUCACGUCGAACGUUAUCGAGAUAAUCUUCGACUCUUAUCGGUUACAGAAUCAUCGCAGGUGUUUGAGCUGUAGGUGACGACUGAAUGGAAAAGCACAGAGCUGCAGCGGAGACAGAUGGAAGCAGACAUGAUGUUCACUGUGAUGAAUUCAGCUUCAAGUCACUUUGAGUCGGUGGUUUUUAUAUUAUAAAUGAAACUCGUGGCUGCCUGCAGAAGAGUAAGGACUACGGUCUGUGUGGCAGUUGUUGAGUGGAGGAUUAAAUUCACAGAAAUGCUGCUUGGUGCUUUACAAGUGUUAAAAUGUUGUCGACCAGUGACUUUAACCACGAGCUGUUUGAACUGUACAUUGAUCUGUUUUAGUUUUGUGGUGUUUUCUGUCAGUAGACCUUUUUCUAAAGGUAUUUCAUAUUGGAACAUUUCUUCUAAAAUGGCGUCUGAGCGGAGGAGCAGACGUCUGUCAUCGCUGUUUACACGACUGUGUUGAUAGAUUUUCUGAAUGAAUCUUGUCACUGCAUGUUUUAUCCUCCUAAUCUUCUACCAUUAGAGGGAAGAAACUGUUAUUUUGAGUAAUAAAUUGAUAAUGUUCAGUA